AAUCAUAUAAUAACCUCCAUUUCUCUUUCCAGACCACGUUUCUUCCAAAACCCUAGCUUCACCGGCGCACUCAGUUCACUGUCCGGCACUCCACCUCUCAGCUUUUUCCGGUCAAUUAACAGUAUGGCGUCGCCGGAUCAAACAGUGUUGCAGUUUUUUCCGUUGUCUACUAGCUUGUCCGCCAAGGUACAUCCGCUUGUUAUCUUCAACAUCUGCGAUUGCUUUGUCAGGCGACCGGAUCAGGCUGAAAGAGUCAUCGGAACGCUUCUCGGAUCUGUUCUUCCGGAUGGUACUGUUGAUGUUCGUAAUUCGUAUGUAGUUCCUCAUAACGAAUCGUCUGAUCAGGUUGCUUUGGAUAUAGAUUAUCAUCACAAUAUGUUGGCAUCUCACCAGAAGGUGAAUCCUAAGGAAGUUAUUGUUGGAUGGUUUUCAACCGGAUUUGGUGUGACGGGUGGCAGUGCUCUCAUUCACGAGUUUUAUUCUCGAGAAGUUGCAAACCCUGUUCAUCUGACCGUCGACACUGGAUUCACAAACGGAGAGGCUUCCAUCAAAGCUUUCGUCUCUAUCAACUUAUCUUUGGGAGAUCAGCAACUUGCUGCUCAGUUUCAAGAAAUACCUCUGGAUCUGCGUAUGGUUGAAGCUGAGCGUAUAGGAUUUGACAUUCUCAAGACCACAGCUGUUGACAAACUUCCAACUGAUAUGGAAGGAAUGGAAGCCACAAUGGAACGAUUGCUAGCGUUAAUAGACGAUACCUACAAAUACGUUGAUGACGUUGUGGAAGGACGUGUGGCGCCAGAUAACUCCAUCGGACGAUUUAUAUCAGAUAGUGUAGCCUCUCUUCCAAAGAUAUCACCGUCUGCUUUUGAUAAGCUUGUGAACGAUAGUCUACAGGACCAAUUGCUGUUACUAUACUUGUCAAGCAUUACAAGAACACAACUCAGUUUAGCGGAGAAGUUGAACACCGCUGCCCAAAUCCUGUGAACCAAAUAUUGUCUUCGUUUUUCUGCCGAGAAGGGUUUUUGGUCAAUUGUUGGUGCGUACGAAAUUUGUGGAAUCUGUGAGGUUGGUUUUGUUAGGAAAUGUUUGUAAUGCGGUUUCAGACAUGUAAAAUGCACAGAGAUUAUCCGCUGCAGUUGAUAUUCAUGGACUUUAUUAAAUUCUUUUUGUAUUUUAUUUUA